CCGCCCUUUUCUAAGAUGGCGCAGGCGGAAGGCGCCUGUCAUCGCCCGCUGGCGACGUCGCGGCUGGAGUUGAACCUGGUGCGGCUGCUUUGUCGCUGUGAGUCGAUGGCGGCAGAAAAACGAGAACCGGACGAGUGGCGUCUAGAGAAGUAUGUGGGUGCCCUGGAAGACAUGCUGCAGGCCCUGAAAGUCCAAGCAAGUAAACCAGCCUCGGAAGUGAUCAGCGAGUACUCCCGCAAAGUGGACUUUCUGAAGGGCAUGCUGCAGGCUGAGAAGUUGACCUCCUCCUCUGAAAAGGCUCUAGCUAACCAGUUCCUGGCUCCUGGCCGCGUGCCCACCACAGCCAAGGAGCGGGUGCCUGCCACCAAGACUGUACAUUUGCAGUCUAGGGCACGUUACACCAGUGAGAUGCGGAAUGAGCUGUUGGGCAUGGAAUCAUCUGGAGAGCGUGAGGUGGACAUGAGGAAGCGAGCCAGUGUGAAGGGGCCCAGACCUGCAGAUGAGAAGCAAUCGGCAUCCGAGCUAGACCUCGUCCUCCAGAGGCACCAGGGCCUCCAGGAAAAGCUGGCUGAGGAGAUGCUAGGCCUGGCCCGCAGCCUCAAGACGAACACACUGGCUGCCCAGAGUGUCAUCAAGAAGGACAACCAGACCCUGUCACAUUCACUUAAGAUGGCAGACCAGAACCUGGAAAAGCUGAAGCUGGAGUCGGAGCGGCUAGAGCAGCAUGCACAGAAGUCGGUGAACUGGCUGCUGUGGGCCAUGCUCAUCGUCGUGUGCUUCGUGUUCAUCAGCAUGGUCCUGUUUAUCCGCGUCAUGCCCAGGCUGAAAUAAAGCAAGAACCCUGCACACCAA